UGCAGCGGCGGCGGAGGCAGCGGUGGCGGCUGCUCGUCCUAGCCAGGCGGGGGCGGGGGUCUGGAGGAUGGAGGCGGGUAGAACAACGGGACGGUGAGGAGCAGCCGCCGCCGUCUCCGCCGUCGCUUCGGCAGCCGCCGCGGUAGUAGCCUAGGACAGCGCCGCUUGCUCUCAGGUCAUCGUCUCCUAUCCCGAUAUCCCGCCGGUGGAGGCUGAGUCUGAAGCGCUACCGGUGGUGCGGGAUCCGUCCGGCUCCGCAGCGGCGCGAGCGGCCUCAGUGACAGCCCGGUCCCGGCCCGCCGCCCGCCCUCGGUGCCCGCAGCCACGAUGAACCGGGGCGGCAGCAGCCCAUCGGCCGCCGCCAACUACCUGCUCUGUACCAACUGCCGGAAAGUGUUGCGGAAGGAUAAAAAAAUCAGAGUGUCUCAACCUUUGACAAGAGGACCAAGUGCCUUUAUUCCAGAGAAGGAAGUUAUCCAAGCAAACACAGUGGACGAACGUACUAACUUUCUCGUGGAAGAAUACUCAACAUCUGGUCGCCUGGACAACAUCACCCAGGUCAUGAGUCUGCAUACGCAGUACCUAGAGUCGUUCCUGCGGAGCCAGUUCUACAUGCUGCGCAUGGACGGCCCCCUUCCUCUAUCACACAGGCACUACAUCGCAAUCAUGGCUGCAGCUAGACAUCAGUGUUCAUACUUAAUAAACAUGCAUGUGGAUGAAUUUCUGAAGACGGGAGGUAUUGCUGAGUGGUUGAAUGGUUUGGAAUAUGUACCACAAAGACUGAAAAAUCUUAAUGAAAUAAAUAAGCUGCUAGCACACCGACCCUGGCUGAUCACAAAAGAGCACAUUCAGAAACUUGUCAAAACUGGAGAAAAUAAUUGGUCUCUGCCUGAACUGGUACAUGCUGUGGUCCUACUGGCACAUUUUCAUGCUUUGGCAAGCUUCGUUUUUGGUAGUGGCAUCAAUCCAGAGAGAGAUCCAGAAAUCUCCAAUGGAUUCAGGCUAAUACCAGUCAACAAUUUCUGCGUUUGUGACCUUGCCAAUGACAACAACAUAGAGAAUGCAUCUCUUACAGGCAACAACUUUGGGAUUGUAGAUUCUCUAAGUGAGCUAGAGGCCUUAAUGGAACGAAUGAAAAGGCUUCAAGAAGAAAGGGAAGAUGAAGACACAUCUCAGGAAGAAAUGACCACUCGUUUUGAGAAGGAGAAGAAAGAAAGUCUUUUCGUUGUCUCUGGAGAUACUUUCCAUUCAUUUCCUCAUUCAGAUUUUGAGGAUGACAUGAUUAUAACAGCUGAUGUCUCCCGAUAUAUUGAAGACCCUAGUUUUGGAUAUGAGGACUUUGCCAGACGAGGAGAAGAGCAUUUGCCAACAUUCCGAGCUCAGGACUAUACCUGGGAAAAUCAUGGGUUCUCCCUGGUGAACAGACUUUAUUCCGACAUUGGACAUCUUCUUGAUGAAAAGUUUCGCAUGGUCUACAGUCUCACCUAUAACACUAUGGCCACCCACGAGGACGCUGACACAACCACGCUGCAUAGAGCUUUAUUUAACUAUGUUCACUGUAUGUUCGGAAUCAGGUAUGAUGACUAUGACUAUGGAGAAGUUAAUCAGUUACUUGAACGAAGCCUGAAGGUUUACAUUAAGACAGUGGCCUGCUAUCCUGAGAGAACUACCAAGCGCAUGUAUGACAGUUAUUGGCGUCAGUUCAAACACUCAGAAAAGGUUCACGUCAACUUACUUUUAAUGGAAGCACGGAUGCAAGCUGAACUUCUGUAUGCUCUUCGUGCCAUCACGCGGCAUUUGACUUGAAGCAGCAUCCAGGGAAAAUGUCGUAUGAGUGUAAAGACCUUUUCACGUGGGAUAUACAUCAGAAGCUGUUUGUGAUGUAGCAUCAAAAAUUAUUCACUUCUCUGUGUCAAAGUUUAGCCGUUUUUUGGGGGCGGCUGUAAUGUGCAAUGAUGUGUUUUCUUUUUCUUGAUGCUUAACAUUACUAACAAUUGCAAAAAUAAUACUGAGGAGCACUACUUUGCAUUGUUUAUAGUUGGAUUUUUGGAAACUGAUCAUAAAUCAUGAACCUGGUUUGUUAAUGCUUAACUUCAGCGCUUCGGGGUUUGCGUGUAUGUGUAUUUCCCUCCCCCCUUUUUUUGGUUAAAUAAGGAAAAGCGCUUAAAAAUCUGCUCAAGCGAUUGUUGAUUCAGACAUUGGAAUUCAGCAAAGAAUAACCUCCUCUGGCCAUUCUCAACUUUUCGUGUUGUGUCCUAAAUCUGGUAGAGGAAAAGCACGCGCUGUUGAACUAAGCUGCUCAUGGGACACAUACCUGUGUCCCCAGGAGAUUAUUUGUCAGGCACUGUUUGGGUUUUUUUGUUGUUGUUCGUUUGUUUUUGUUUUUUUUUACUGCUAUUGGCGAUAACGUGAAAUGUGAUACAGCCAUUGUCCAUAAUUUAAUGUGAAAUUAAUCAUGAUGAAUUCUAUAGCAUGCUACUGAAAUGCCAAAUUCAGUUAUUUUCUUUCUAUUCUGAAACAGAAGUUUCAGUUUUCCACAUCAGAUGUAUAUAUUAAAAGUGGAAUUAUGCACAAUCCUUUCUAUCACUGACAGUAAUCCUCAGUCAUCUUAAAUGAUCAGUGCUCACAGUGCUGCUUACAGUUCAUUUAGUUGGCACAUACAAACUUGCACCCACCCACACAAGGCUGACCAAAAAUUUUCUUUGCACAUUUUUCUUUUCUCAUAGUGUUUUCUAUAUUGCAGUAAGCAAAAGAAGGUUAAUAUGCCUAUAUUUUUUCCUGUUAGGCUUUUAGGACUUAUUUUCCAUGAUUUUUCUUAUGAUAGGUUAAACAGUUUAUUAUUCAAAGGUAAAAAUUGUGUGUCUAUGCAUUAAUGUGAAUGAACAACAACAACAAAAAGAGUGCAAUAUGUUAAAAAUAUAUAUAUACUCCACUAAACUUUCCCCCUAUUAGUCACUGCAGAAGUGUCCUUUAAAACAGAGCCAUAAAGAAAUUUGGUUCAGAUUUCUUUAUUGCACAAGGCUUUUGCCUUACUGGGGUUAAACAAUGUUCCUUUCAUAAUGCCAAAGCAUCCUCUUCCCCAGAAAAAUCUCUUUGGAUGACUGGUUAAAAAAGAUUGUCAAGUGAUAGGGGAAGAAUAUAAACAUCCAAAAAGUCACAUUUUUGCAUUGGUUUAUGUUGCUUGAUUAGACUAUCUUCACAGAGCACAACAUUAUGUGUUUAUAGCUUUAAUUUGUUUUCUGUUAACGAACCAGUGAAGUGCCUAAAGAGAUGCUUACAACUAUCCAAUAGGACACGACUGCACAGCUUAAACACUUCGGUUAAUUAACAGUGACUUAAAUUGUAUACCAACAUGCUGAUUUUUUAAAAACAGAUCCAUUUUUUUUCCAUAACAAAUAAUAUAGUUAGAUUUUUUUUGUUAGCGUUCCCACAAAGAUUUUAGAUUUACUUACUUGUAAUGUAGGACUUACUUUUUUUCCUCUCUUGUGAAAGAAUAGUUGACUAGUGUUUUGUUAAGUAAUUUCCCCCCUUCCACUUAUCUUUCUUUUCUGGUACAAUAAGUAGGUUGCUUUCUUUUUUAUCUUGUUCCAGAUAAGAAAAUAGAGAGAUGACUGUAAGCCUAUUAACAUAAGGAAGUUCUGCAUUUUUAAAUUCUAGGAUCUUCUUUGAAAACUUCCAUGGGAGGAAAAAUUUACUAAUUUUUUAAAGACAGGGUGGUUUAUUUAAAGAGAUUAGUCAAAGAACCCAGGCCAGGUUUCUUCUGUUUAUUGAUGUACCAUAUGUCAGUUUUAUUCAAUAUCACAUUACAUAGAUAUGUUUUGUAAAGAAAAUAUGUAGGAGAAUGGCAAAAUCCAGAUGACAACAUAAAUGUCCAUUUAACGUCCCUAACUUUAGAGCUUUCCAGUUGAGGAUAUCUUUUAUUCUUGGCAUUUAUUUUUUAAUAGAAUUCCUUCAGUUAACAGCCCUCUAUUUUUGUGCAGGUGACCUGUGUUACAGGAUGAAAAUGACUUUUGUAUAUUGAGAAGGAGGAGAAGUCCUCAGAGAACACCCACAUGAAUUUUAGACCAAAAGGGGAAACAAGGUUUAAGUAACUAAAAUGGCCACUUAGUUUUUGGGUUUUUUCUUGUUUUGCCCCAGAAAUGUAAGUAGUUGGAAUCUGAGUUAUGGAAAUAUUAGUGCCUUUACUAGAUCUUUCUCCUAGCACAGUUUCUUUUCAACUCAGCAUUGCUCUGUCUCAUCAAUAAUCAAGAAAAUCAGUUGACUUGGAACUAUAAACAAAAACAAAACAAUUUACUUAUGAACCUCAGUGAACCAGCCUAGAAAAAUUGACUUCUGGGGGGGCCUGAGCACCUACUCGGAUGCAGCAGGCACAGCAUUCCAGGUUGUGGAUGCCACGUUACAACGAGUUUGCUGUGAACUUGAUCUAAUGCAGACUUGAAAUUCUGAUGCGGUUUUCCAGGGUGGUAUUUUUUCAGAGUAUUGAAUUUACUAUAGUAAUUUAUAGCAUAGCUUUUUGUAUUAAAAUGUGAUAUUUUUAAAAGAGCUAUCUGGUUCAAUUGGUGAAACGAUGUGAUUAUACGAGAUGCUGGCCUAUACCUUGGGCCUGCAUUGUGCCAAACUUAAAUGUGCAAGUGUACGUGAAAAAAGCACAUGUGAAUGUGAAUUCUCUUAACUCCGUUGCUCAUUAUGUUAAAAUUAGUCUAGUCAUCCACUGAUACAUAUGCUUGAUCGAUGUCUAUUUACUUUCAAAUUUCAGGUUUUCCAGCUCUAGUUGUAAUUCUUAAUUUUUCAGAUCACCUUAAGAAAUACCUAAAUACUGUCCCAUCUGAAAGUAAAUCUGUUCUUUGACCUGAUCCCUCGAAUCUAGGAGUUGGCCUGGCAGCCUCCUUGGACUGUCAGAUUCCGCCUCCUCAGGUGAACUCGUGACAUUUAGAGGAAAAAAGGCUUUUGAGACGGGACUGCUCAUUACCUUACUCACCUUUUUGAACUAAGUAUAUUGUCUCAGUCUCAGGAAGAAUCUUUGUUCCAUUUGGGGUACUUUUUAGAAAAAAAGAUGGCCUUUAUUAUGGCUUUAAACCCCAAUAAUGGCCAGGUUUCACAGGCUGUUUUAGAACAGAGACUCGGCGUAAGCUUUUUAUCAAUCUCCUGUUUGAACCAGAAUCCCUAUCUUAGUUGUGUUAUGUAUAGUCUCCUAACUUUUUUCAAUGUUUCUAAAAGCUAAUUAACAUUAUUCCAGAGCAAUUUUUCCUUCCUGCCUUACAGAGUUAUUUUUAAUCCAAAAUCAAGGUGUUUUUUUUUCAUGCUGUAGCAAAAUAAAAUUAUCAGCAAACCAAUUUCUGUACUUACAAAUAGUUCACCACUGUAGUGCAGACUGCAUGGGUAUUGAUGGCAGCAUUUUCUUAAACUCUAAGGACAAGUCAUCAGGGAAAAAAUAAGUUUCAGUGCAUGUUAUAAAAACGAUUUGCACUGUACUAGUAACGUGAGGUUUUUGGUUUAUGUUGUGUUUAAAGACAAUUCUAAAUCAUUCCUCUGGAAAGAAAGACCUUAAGCUCUUUCUCUAAUAGGACUUUUUAUGCAAAUAGAUGGUCUUGCUGCAUGGAGUAAACUUAUGCAACACUAAUGUUACAUAGAUAGCAUAUGAAAUUUUUUUAGUAGUAUAAUCCAACAGCAAACUGAAAGACACGUGACUACACCAUUUAGAACAAGUUUUAAGUUAGCUAAUUCGUAUAAUCAGAACCUCUUCUAGGUGGCCAUCAGCAUAAACUGUGUUUCCCUAUAAUCUCCUUCUGGAGACUGAGAAUCAAAAUAAGUAGUCUUUCCUCAAAGCAGUACUGUAACAUGAAUGUAUUCAUCUCAGUCAACAGAACUUAAAUGUCCCCUUUAUGUGGAGCUUAUUUGCAUGCUAAUAUAACUUAGCAGUAUCUGCUCAGGUGAGACCUAGAACAAAAAUAGCAGGGGUGAAAAGGAUCAUAGAGAUAGAGGUAUAUAUAUGUCAAAGCAGAGCCUGGUGAGGAAGGAAAAGGUUUUCAAAGAACACAUGAAACUAAUUCCGAGAGCAUGGCUGUCCUCAGCAUCAUACACUUAUUAUAAAGGAACAUUUCCCACCCUAGGAGCUCCUCCCUGUACGCAGCCCACCCUCCCCACCUGCUUUCUCUUCCUCCAAGUGCCUCAACCUCUACACGCUCCCUCUGCUCCCCUUUCCUCAGUCCAUCUUGGUCUGAAUGCCUUUUCACACUCCAAACCAAACAUCACCAGCCACCUGCUGAUAGUCACCAGCAUUUACUUUUCUGAGUCACUUUUUCUCCAUUCAUUAAGAAUAAUGACUUUGUCCUAACUCCCUCUGAGUCCUGCUACCAUCCUGUGAUAUUUUGGCUCACCUCUGUUCCAGAGACCCCGCCGGAUAUUCUGCAGCACCAGUGUAAUCCCGUCCAUCCCAGACUGUUCUACCCUUUCCCAGCUGCCAAAAUAUCUUGCUCUCCUCUACCUCAUCCCCAAAGAGCCUAUAAAUUCAGAGUAUCCAGUGUUUUCAUGGAUUUACUCUCUGUUGUUCAGUAAUACUACUUCCAUAUUUUAAAUAAAUCACAGAAAAUUUUUGCCUUCUAACAGAGUAGGAAUCUUUAUAUUUAUACAGAUACAGAAAUUAAACUAUUUCUACCAUGCAGAAUUUAGCAUUUAACAGGAUUUUAAAGUGAUCGAAUUGCCAUUCUAACCUGGAUCUGUAUUAGGUAAUAAAUACUGGUAUUAGUCCAAGUUCUUUGAAUGUAACGUUAAAAUUCCCCAUCAGUCCAGAUUGAUCUGUAACCUGUAUUGGAACAGGAAAGUUCUGGCAUACAAAUGGGUGGUGUUUUGGGCAUUUGCUUUAUUUGGUGGUAUUUGAGCCUUGAAACACACUUUUAGUAGAAGGAAAUAUGAUAAAGGGUAUUCAGGUGGUCCUAUUACAUCACAGAAGCCCAUAUGAUUAUAUGUUUAAAAAGCCACAAAAUUAGCUACAUAAGGAUUUGAUCAGGCUUUCCUGGGUUAGACUACCCUGUUUUCAUGGGGGCUGGGGGGAUGUCCCAUGGGAAAGAAAGGGAGUGCAUUGACUUCGUCACCUUUAUUCCCUGGCUACACUUAGGAAUAUCCAGACAGUAUCAUUGAGGAGCAGGAAACGCACAGAGGAGGAAGAAGCAGGAGUUCUUCCUCUCCAGCCAGUGUGUGCUUACUCGGUGUAGUUCACAGAGGAAGACUUGUCAGGUUUCUAAUAUGGGGUGUGUUUAUCUACAGAUGGUUGUCUGACCUGAAGAGGAAUGAACCACCCUGUUAGCAAGUAUCAAUUACUGUGAUCAGUGGUGGUAUCUGGAUGCUUUUCACUCCCAUUCAUGAGCAACCCAGCCUGAUAGCAGAGUCUAGUGAUGCCUUUCAGGACGCAGGCAUGAGUCAAUGCCUAAUUAAGAAGUGAGACAGUGAUAGAGACUGAAGGAAUGGCUUUUAUUAAGUCAUAUGUAAUGAAGCAUUUGUUGUAGCUUUAAAUUAAUCAUGGUUAUACCACCAUGAAGUACAGAAUUGAAAAAGGAGAGAAUUGCAACGGGGUAGGGAAAGGAAUGAUAUUUGAUUCUUUGCAGUGCUUGUGGAAAUUUUUGAAAUCAUGAAAUGCGUACUGUAAAAUAGCCUUUAGAACAACAAAAAAACAACCCAAUUUGCAGUUCACAGAAGAAUAUCAAACAUUAGUAAGCCUAAAUGUGAUAAAUAUAAUUUUUGGUAUAUAAAUUUGCAAAAAUGAUCUUCCACCCCUCAAUUUAACCUCUUAAAAGGGAAUGUAUGAAUCCUGGUUAACUAAGUGUAUGGGUUAUAAUAUUUACAAAUGAGAUGGGCCAUACGUCUUUUUCCUAAUGUUUUCACAAAUUUUUACCUGACUUCCAAAUCUGAUAAGGAAGGAUCAAAAGGUAGGAUAAAGGAAACAUAUCAGUUGAGUAGCCAAGUAGUUUCCUUUGUAAUGUUGAGGGUGUUUUUUUCUGAAUUUUACUGGUUCUCUAAAAUAGAAGCAAAGAGUUAAAUGAUACCCUUGUUCAUCAAGGAAAGUUAUCCAAACUGUAUUAUCUAAUGCAGAUAUUUCCUUUGCAUUCAUAUAUCUUGUCUGGAAAGAAAACAAAAUUUUCCCUUCCUCUUUCUCUUUACAUUUACUCUUUCAACCUGAGAUAAGAUAGACACAGAAAGCAAACCACAAGCCAGUUUGGCAUCUUUGUGCUCAUACGUAGAACAGUGACAUCCACAUGCACAGUCUGAGCAAGGUGAAAAGGAACCCUGUCCAGUCGACUUGGAACGUGGCCUUGCUGCUUGGAUUAGCUCCUUCAAACCUGAAAAUAACUUUUCUGGUCAUGGAAGAACUGGAUGUAUCCUUUAGCUUAUAAAAUAGGAUUUGAACUUGAAAUCUUGUUUUUAAAUCCUGAUUUUGCAGGGCAGCUACAUGAUGAAUGUACAUAUUAAGGCUUUGUAGCUGAAUUGCACAUGAAAUCAGAUUGCCAACUUUUUGACUUUCAAUUUUAGACUUCAUUUUAUCCUUAAGUUGUGAGCGAUAUAUGUAGCAUGCUGUGAAAUGUCUAUUAUAGUUCUUUAAUUCAUCAGUAUUAAUACAGAAUUAUCUUUUGUGUUCCUUGGUACUUUUUAUUCAGUGUAAUCAGAAGCUGUGAUGUUUUGCCUUUGUAGUCCUGUGCUUUGUUACUGUAAUUUUUUUUUACGAAGCACGUGACUUUGGACUAAUGUGAGGCGGAUGAUCUUUAAGACUGCUAUAUAUAUAUAUGUAUAUGUCUCUUACUAUAUAAGGUUUUCAAUUAGAAUAAGCUUUUAUCAGAUAGAUCAUUGAUGCAAUUUAGGAUUUACACAAUUUUCAUUGUCAAAUGGCAGUCUUAUAUUUAUAGUUUCAAUUCUGAAAAUAGCAGACUUGAUAAACAGCCACUUUAAACUUGUUCUGGCAUACCAGACCCUGCUGUAGAUGUAGUCUAAGGUAGUUAACCAUAUACGCCUUUUCAACUGUUAUGCCCUCCACAUGAGUCAGCAGUUAAGGAGAUUAUAGAACCCAUGGAAGCUUUUUGUAUGUAUGACUAGGUUUUAUUUUUCUUAUGUUGCUGAUUUUACAACUCUGACUAAAGCUGACCUGAAUGGAUCAGUUUAUGUGUAUUCUAGUGCUUUAAUGCCUUUUUUUUUUGGAGGGAUGGGUAAUAUUAUUUGAACAGAUGCAGAAGGAAAUGUUAGCGAGUCAAGACAAACACAUUUGAAAUAAAGGAACUGUGUAUUAACAUGUUAACAAUUCAUAACUGCACUUUUUAUGACAUUUUGAAAAUCUAUUUAUAGGUACAGAACAAUGGGUUUUGUUAAACUGUAUCACAUUUAUACUUGCAGAAAUUUAUUUCAUUGUUAUUAGUAGGAAUUUUAUUGGUUCAAUAAAAUUGGCAAAACUGAACCCCAA